UAUUUCAUUCGAUGUUUAGAAGCAGCUAAUUUGCACUAUCACAGGAAUAGCAUAGAUGGAACAAGUGUCACCGAAAGUGGAAAACAACGCCAGACCAACUGUUGUUAACGGACCGAAUUUAUCAGACGAUAAAAUGAUGGAUUCACCACUGGAAAAAGCUCGACGAAUAUUCCACAUUGAGAAUCGUACCAUUGUUAAUUGUUUAUCCGAAUUCUAUUGUACCUUGCUAUUACUGUUUUUCGGCAUUAGUAUAGUGCAUCAAUUGGAUCUGUCGCAUAAACAGUUGAAUACAUGGAUACAAGUGAAUUUCGGAUGGGGAUUUACGAUCAUGUUGUGUGUUUAUGCUUGCUCGAAGACAUCAGGAGGACAUAUGAAUCCAGCAAUCUCACUAAUGUUUUAUACUCUUGGGAAAUUGCCUCUCUCACAUUUUUUCUACUACUGCAUCAUGCAAACUCUUGGUGCUUUCAUUGGAACAGCAUUUGCGUACACUGUCUAUUUAGAUCAGACUCAUCACGUCUUGGGUGAUCUUCGCAUUGCAACGGGUCCGAAUGGUACAGCGACAUUGUUCACCUCAAUGCCAGCACCUCAUCUUUCAAAUACUAUCGCAUUCUGGGAUCAGUUUGUUGGUACAGGAUUUUUGGCUCUUUUUGUAUGUGUGAUCACAGAUAAACGUAUGGAAAUUCCAUCUUCACUUCAUCCUAUUCUUAUUGGACUACUUAUUGCAACAAUUGGCAUGGGAUUCGGAAUGAAUCUUGGUUAUCCGAUUAAUCCAGCAAGAGAUUUUGCGCCACGAGUUUUCGCUGCUAUGAUUGGAUAUGGUUGGGAAGUUUUUAGUUAUCAUAACUACUAUUUCUGGAUUCCGAUAGUAGCACCGUUCUUUGGUGCAAUAGCUGCAGCUUGGUCAUAUUUCAUCUUUAUUGGCUUCCAAAUUCCGGAUCAGCCACCCAGUUAUAUGAAAGAAAAUAAGACUGAUGGUGAUGGUAUCCCGUUGAAAACUACAGAUCUUGCAUGAAUUUAAUGAUGAGAAGUCCAGUAAAGCAGAUGAAGAUAAGUGUAAACGCAUAAUGAAGAAUUCGGCUCAUUUUUCAAAAAAUUAUACAAUUUGAAUUUUUCCAAUUUAAUUGCAUAAUUUUGCUUCACUAAUUUUAAAUUAGAUAGUUGAUUUUUCCUUAGGGCGCCGAUCGGAAGUUAAUGUUAUCAGUGCAAAUUUGAGCAUAAAAAUUCAGCGCCGUCAAAUGUACUCCUAAUUUUCCACACCAAGAAUUAUAUUAUAUUUUUGUCGAAAUAUCUCAGAGGAAUCCUAUCUGUUAAGGGAACUCAUUUUUAACUGUGGCCAUGAUAAGUUACUUUUUGAGUACUCACUUCGCAUCUUAACUGACCUUUGAUAUUUGGUCGGUAAUAGUGUAAUACUACUUUGUUCCUUUCCUAUUUUACGUUUAUGCCUUUUUAUUUUUGCUGACAUUUUACAUUGAAUAGAAAAACACAAUAGUUAUUUGCUUCUUUUUUGCUCCUUUUUGAUGAAGACAGAAUGACAUUAUUUGUUAUCAAAAGAUUGAAUUUUCAUUUUCUGAUCAAAUUUGAAUUCGAAAACUAUGUGAAUGUUUUUGCCUCCCCGUUAUACUUGGAAUGUAAACGAAAGAAUAAAAAAUCAUAUGC